AUGGCCCUGAGCGAGCUGGCGCUGCUGCGCUGGCUGCGGGAGAGCCGGCGCUCCAGGAAGCUCAUCUUGUUCAUCGUGUUCCUGGCGCUGCUGCUGGACAACAUGCUGCUCACCGUCGUGGUCCCCAUCAUCCCCAGCUACUUGUACAGCCUUGAGCACGAGAAUGUGACGGAGACCCAGACGGCCAGGCCCGUGCUCACGGCCUCCUCCCCAGGCCGCUUCCACAGCAUCUUCUCCUACUACGACAACUCCACCAUGGUCACAGGGAACGCCACCGGAGGCCUUCCACAGGGGCAGCCAUACCAGGCGUCCGCCACCACCCAGCGCCCGGUGACCAACACGUCCGCUGCCCCUGCCGACUGUCCCAGUGAAGACAAAGACCUCCUGAACGAGAAUGUGCAAGUUGGCCUGCUGUUCGCCUCCAAAGCCAGCGUCCAGCUCAUCACCAACCCUUUCAUAGGGCUGCUGACCAACAGAAUCGGCUAUCCCAUCCCUAUGUUCGCGGGGUUUUGCAUCAUGUUUAUCUCAACCAUUAUGUUUGCCUUCUCCAGCAGCUACGCCUUCCUGCUCAUCGCUAGGUCGCUGCAGGGGGUCGGCUCCUCCUGCUCGUCCGUGGCUGGGAUGGGCAUGCUUGCCAGUGUGUACACAGAUGACGAGGAGCGAGGCAACGCCAUGGGGAUCGCCUUGGGAGGCCUGGCCAUGGGGGUCUUAGUGGGCCCCCCCUUCGGGAGCGUGCUGUACGAGUUUGUGGGGAAGACGGCUCCCUUCCUGGUGCUGGCUGCCUUGGUGCUCUUGGAUGGAGCCAUUCAGCUCUUCGUGCUGCAGCCGUCCCGCGUGCAGCCAGAGAGCCAGAAGGGGACACCCCUCACCACUCUGCUGAAGGACCCGUACAUCCUCAUCGCCGCAGGCGCCAUCUGCUUUGCAAACAUGGGGAUCGCCAUGCUGGAGCCGGCCCUGCCUAUCUGGAUGAUGGAGACCAUGUGUUCCCGGAAGUGGCAGCUGGGCAUUGCUUUCUUGCCAGCCAGCAUCUCUUAUCUCAUUGGAACCAAUAUUUUUGGGAUCCUUGCACACAAGAUGGGGAGGUGGCUCUGCGCGCUCGUGGGGAUGAUCGUCGUCGGAGUCAGCAUUUUGUGUAUUCCUUUUGCAAAAAACAUUUACGGGCUCAUAGCUCCCAACUUUGGAGUUGGUUUUGCCAUUGGGAUGGUGGACUCGUCAAUGAUGCCCAUCAUGGGCUACCUCGUGGACCUGCGGCACGUGUCUGUCUACGGGAGCGUGUACGCCAUCGCGGACGUGGCUUUCUGUAUGGGGUACGCGAUAGGUCCGUCUGCCGGUGGUGCCAUCGCAAAGGCAAUUGGGUUUCCCUGGCUCAUGACGAUCAUCGGGAUCAUUGACAUUCUUUUUGCUCCUCUCUGCUGCUUUCUCCGGAGCCCACCUGCCAAGGAGGAAAAAAUGGCUAUUCUCAUGGAUCACAACUGCCCCAUUAAAACAAAGAUGUACACUCAGAAUAACAUCCAGUCAUAUCCACUCGGUGAGGAGGAAGAAUCCGAAAGUGACUGAGACUCACAUCCUCCAAGUGUUUAAUUGUAUAAAAUUGUCUCCCGUGACCUGACUCAUCCAGA